AGUAGGAAAACAGGUAGCCGUUCCUCACCAGGAAUGAAGGAGAAUUCCCUGGGUUUUGUCUUCCUCUAGAGUGAGCAUAGUCCUGAUUUUAUGUUCACCAAAGAACAAGUCCUCCCUUUUAGUGAAAGAGCACCAACAAGAAGAAAAUAAAAAAAAGCUUGGAAAGAAACAAAGGGUUUGAAAAAGGACAGAAAGACAAAUUAACUUGCUAUAAUUAUCUCAAUAUUUUUUCAUUUUCAAAUGUCAAAUAUCACAGGUGAUGAAGGGAGCUUCUCUUAUCAGCAGCUUCAACAAAAGCAGCAACAGCUACAGAAUCACUUCCAUGGUUCCAAUUCUGGGGCUACUAAUAGCAAUGGCUCAACCUCCCAGCAGCAACAACAGCCGGUCAAGAAAAAAAGAAACCUACCAGGAACUCCAGAUCCUAAUGCUGAAGUUAUUGCUCUAUCACCAACAACGCUUAUGGCAACGAACCGGUUUGUGUGUGAGAUAUGCAACAAAGGGUUUCAAAGGGACCAAAACCUGCAAUUGCAUAGGAGAGGCCAUAACCUUCCAUGGAAGCUCAGGCAAAGAAGUACAGCAGAAGUGAAGAAACGAGUGUACAUAUGCCCUGAGAAAACAUGUGUUCACCACAAUCCGGCUCGUGCAUUAGGAGAUCUAACAGGCAUUAAGAAGCAUUUUAGCCGUAAACAUGGCGAGAAGAAAUGGAAUUGCGACAAGUGCUCUAAGAAAUAUGCAGUGCAAUCCGAUUGGAAGGCUCAUCAGAAGACAUGUGGUACAAGGGAAUACAAAUGUGAUUGUGGAACCAUCUUUUCCAGAAGGGAUAGCUUCAUCACCCAUAGAGCCUUUUGUGACGCAUUAGCAGAAGAAAACAACAAAGUUAACCAAGGACUAAUGCCUAACAUGGGAUCUAACUUGCAAACUCAAAUGCCUGACAUCAUGUCCUCGAUCCCCUUAACCAGUAUCAAUACCAUAAGCACAUCUAUUGGAAUAUCAGAUUUCAACAGUUUUGAUCCCAAGAACCCUCUCAAAUCCCUUCCUCAAGAACUCGUGCCAAUGCCAUUCAAGCCAAUGAACAUGGCUGCUGGAAGAGGCAUGUUUUCGAGUAGCUCGGGCACUAUCUUUGGUGGUCCAAGAAGCACUGCCUCUACUUCUUCUAGCCUACAGCUCAGUUCCAACAGCUCAUCUGGGUACAAUUAUCUCCAAGAUGCGAAAAAUGGGUGCCAAAUUUCAGGUUCGGCUCACAUGUCAGCAACAGCCUUAUUACAAAAAGCGGCACAAAUGGGUUCAACUGCUAGUAACAGUAUUAACUCUCCAAUGAUGCAAAAGAGCUUUGCAAGUAGCAUGCCGGUUCCUGACCAGAUGUCCUCUAUAAGACCGCCAUCUUAUGGUGGGGUUCAGCAGCAUAGCGCCACCUCAUAUGACCACUUUCCAUCACAGCCUGAACAAACAAGCAUGGUUGGAAUCAAUACUAGAGGGGGAGGAUUCAAUAAUAAUAAUAACCAGCCAUUGCAAAAAGGCCCACAAGAAGUGUUACAAUUUUUUGAAGCUACUACAGGUAGUAGCUCAGGGAUGAACGAUAUGGGAAUGUUCAGUGGUAUGGUCAUGGGCAUUGAACAAAACCCAGGGUUCAUGAAAAACACGGAUCAUGAAGAUAGUGAUAAUUCUAGCUUGAUACAUGGAAGAGCUGGGACGGACCGGAUCCCGAGUGGACCAUCAAGGUUCGCUGUUAGUAGUGGUGAAGUUGGUGACAUGAUGACUCGUGAUUUUAUGGGAAUUGGAGGUUCAAGGACAUCAAAUUUCCAUUAUCAUCAGCGACAGAGAGUGGAAAUGGAAGCAAUGAGCCAGCAGCAGAGAAUUCCAAUGAUGAAUCACUUUCAGCAACAGCUGUCACUUGGGGAAUCAGCUAUGGACAAACCCAUUUGGGAUGUUUGAGAAAUUGUGCGUGUUUUUUUCCUUUUUUUUUAUUAUUAUUUUUUUUUAUCUUCCCCGUGUAUCCAUAUAAUCUGAUAACGGAAGCAAAAUUCUUACAAUUGCGGAGGAGCCCAUGCGGCGUUGACAUCCGGUAAUGAAGGAAUAUAAUGGGCUUGGAGUUGAAGUUUAGGAAAUGUCGAGAAGAGGCUCUGUAUUUGUAGAAUCUAUGUGGCCUUGUGUAUACCUGGCUAG